UUUCCGAUCGUGACCCCAAAAGCAUGAGCUCGCUCGAGUCGUCGUCGCCGUCGGCCAAGACGGGCAUGGUCACGCGCAUCGCCAACAUCAAUAAGAUGGAGCUGCCCAAGGUGCUACGCCUCAUGCGCCUCGGCAACGUUGGCUGCUCCAUCUUCCAGGUCUUCGCAGGUCUCACGGGCCUCACGAGCUUCAUUACGCUCAACAUCACGGGCACACUUGUCUCGAUCUACGUCAUCAUGUUUGGCCUCCUCUUCCUUCUCUUUGAGUGUCGCCUCAGCAGCAUGGAAGGACACAUCCGCCGCAACUUUGGCUUCCUCUACUCGUACAAGGGCCGCGCGUGCUUCAUCUUCUUUAUCGGGUUCCUCGACUUUGGCAUGAGCACGACGCUCGGUACGAUCGCCGGCGUCUUUAUGUGCAUCAACGCGCUCUUGAACCUCCUCGUGAUGUGCAAGCACCCGGAAUUCAAGUCGGGCCACGUGAGCCGCGACGCUGACCCGACGCUUGGCUACACAUCCGGCCAGCAAGAAGCGGCGGCCUACCUGAGCGCAAACCCCAACGUUGCGAUGCAAGCGAGUACGUUUGCGCUCUCGGCCGCUGCGCAGCCCAAGCCGGUGGUGUGAGGCCACGCGCACAUGGACGCCUCGCAUAAAAUCAAUAGUUUUAUUUUCUGCUUUAUGCAAAUUGCCAUCUACUCGCACUUGCUUUGCUUCCGGGAUACGACGUGGCUGCGCUCCGCAGUACCGGUCUUUACACCCGUUGGGCCGAGAGGGCGAAUGAGCCAGC